CCCGCCGCUCCGCACGACGCCGGAGCUCCUCACAGCAGCCCAGGAAGAGGAAGGGUUCUCCUUGGCCAGCCUUUCCCGCAGGACCCGCCCAAUGGGCACGCACCUGACCCAGGCGUGGGACCACAACCCAGCCCACUUGCAACUUCGGACCCUGGGGCCAGCCCCCGCCCAUCAACCCCGCCCACAGGCCACGCCCACAAGCCGUGCCCAGCCUUCCUGGCCCCGCCUCCGGAGGCGCGAAGACGACGGGCGCGGACUGCGCAGGUUUACCAGCAGAACCCUCGCGGUGCGCAUGCGCCACGUCCUUACGCCGUCUCUGGGCGCCGGGGUCUGCACGGGAAGAUGGCAGAGGUUGGGUCCAAGUCGGUGUUGUUCGUGUGUCUCGUGCUCCUCCGAACCUCAGAUCGGUGCAGUUUUGCCCCAUAUUAUGCCUCUGCUGUCCUUCCUACCCUUUCCAAGUCCAUGUUACCCUCCCAGAUGCCCUUCCUCAACAAACCUUGAUCCUGAUCCUGUCUCUUCCAAGCCUGUGGCCCCUCUCACUUGGCUCCUCCUCCCUGAAGUCUGUGUCUCCGGUCCCUUGCUCUGUAACAUUUGCCGGUCACCCAUUGCAGAAGCAGUUUUCAGGAAAUUGGUAACUGAUGAGAAUGUUUCAGCUAAUUGGGCCAUUGACAGCAGCGCUGUUUCCGACUGGAACGUGGGCCGGCCCCCAGACCCAAGAGCUGUCAGCUGCCUAAGAAAUCAUGGCAUUAGCACAGCCCAUAAGGCAAGACAGAUUACAAGAGAAGACUUUGCCACAUUCGAUUAUAUACUAUGUAUGGAUGAAAGCAAUCUGAGAGAUUUGAAUAGAAAAAGUAAUCAAGUUAAAAACUGCAAAGCUAAAAUUGAGCUACUUGGGAGCUAUGAUCCACAGAAACAACUCAUUAUUGAAGAUCCCUAUUAUGGCAAUGACUCUGACUUCGAAGUGGUGUACCAGCAAUGCCUCAGGUGCUGCAAGGCUUUCCUGGAGAAGACUCACUAGGUGGUCCUGCCCGCCACCACUGAGCAGCUCACUCACCAGAGCUGUGCCCAAGGGUGGUGCCAGUCCUUAGCCCCGUGCCCCACCGGUCUCUUUAGCUGACUUUACUGUUUAUCUUUAAAACAUUUGUAGGUCGAAAUUAGGUGUAUGUUCAGAAGCGUAAAAAUAUUUGAGUAAGACAGUGUGGGGUGUGGCUAAGUAUUCUUAGACUAAUUGAACCUUUCCUUUCACCUUGUCCUAAUUAGAAGGAAAUACGGAACAAACUAGAACCUAAUAAAGUAAGAAUGACCUACAAGGUCCGGGUCAGCCUCUGAGCCCAGCCAGCCUGGGUAGUUCUGGUCUUACUAAAGUGUGUGCAUGGCCAGCACCCAGGGGUGCCAUUUGCUUGCCUUAUACCUCUCUAUCCUAGACUCUUGUGACAAUAACUCCAUCCAUAUCAGCCUUCCACUUAACCCUGGAAGACUUAAACUCAGACACACUGAAGGCGUUUAAUAUUUGAGAGAGAAGAGAAUCUGGAUGUGGUGAUACAGGCCUGCAGUCCCAGCAGGCCAGCCUGGGCUGUGCAGUGACAGUGGGAGCAACCGAUGUAGGAAAUUAGCAGCGUUACUCUUACUUGGUUUUUGUCCAGUGUUUUGUGGUUCCUGUUUGAGCCACUUUGCCUCUUAAUGCAAAGGGGGUGUGUGCUUCAAGAGUGGCAUAUGUCUGUAGUGUCCCUUCAUCAGCGUUGUAAAGAGUGACCGGCAAGCAUAAGUCAUUCUGGUGCAUUGCAGGACAGUGACCUCAGAUUCAUGACUGUGUAUCAGAAAAGAAUGUGAGUUAAACUGGGAAGUUAACAAAUACACCUGAAAUAGAGAUCUGGUGUCUGCCUGCUUUUUUUAUUGACAAAUGAAGAAAGUAUAUUUAAAACGUU